CGGCUGCGCGCGGCCUACGACGCGGCCGUCGGCCGGUGGCCGGACCGGUGGCAGCUGCUGCAGCAUUACCUGGCGGAGGACGACACACAAGACUCGCCGCAGGGUGACCGCGACGGAGGGGUCCAAGACGAGGAGCAGCACUGCGAUGAGGAGGAGCAGCCAUCAGAGGGUCCGCCUCACCCACACGGGCAGAGGUGGCAGCUGAUUGAACAGCAACAUCAGCAGCGGUGGAAGGAGCUGGAACUACAACAUCAGCGGCUAUGGCAGGAGCUAGAGGAUCCAGGUCACGAAGAUAGAGUGAGGAUGGACAAAGAGCAUGAAGAGGAGCGUCGGCAUCUGGAGCAGAAACACGGUACGGAGUGGCAGAACCUGGACGAACGUCACUAUGAGGAGCGCAUUAAGCUUCAUCAGCAGCACAAAGAGGACACUGGAUGCAUCAACAUGCCGACUGAGGACCAGUUGAGGCAGCUGGACCUCUCCCACCAGCAGCAGUGGGAAGACAUCCAGCAGACCUUGCGGCAGCAGUGGCAAGAGCUGGAGCUCAGACACCAGAGAGAGUCACGGGAGCUGGAAGAGAGGCGUCAUCAGCUGAGACAGAAGUUAGAAAAACAGCUUCAGGAGCAGGAACAAGACGAUCAGCGGCAGAGCCUGCUGGCGCGUCACCAGGAGGAGUGUGAACAGCUCCUUCGGCAGCACGAGGAGGACUCUCGAGGUGUGAACGUGCCGGCCGAGAGACAGCCGCAGACGCAGAGAUCGGUGACCAAAGGACAGCGGAAAGCGCAGUCUCGGAGACAGCGGAGACAGCGCGCAGUUCUGGAGCAACAGCACGCCGCACAGCGGGUUGGUCUGGGGCGGAAACUCCGAACACAGCGGAACAAAAUGGAGCGCAGACACAAACAGGAGUCACAAGAGCUGGAAGAGAGGCUCCCAAACAUCCGGUCAGAGAAGUUGGAUCGACUGCUGGAGUGCAGCAGCAGACGUCACGAGCUGCAGGAGGAGCUGCAGAAGGAGCUGGAGAAUGAGCAGGAACACGACGAUGAGCGGCCGGGUCUGCUAACGAUUCACCAGGAGGAAGGCAUUGAGCAACACGGGGACUCAUUCAUCGAUGAUCCGUUAGAUUAGCUAGAUCACUACCAAUAAGAAAAUCUCCAGCAGGUCCUUCAGCAGCAGUGGAAAGAGCUGGAGGAGAGAUUCCAGAGAGAGUCACGAGACCUGGAGGAGAGACACCCGUACAUAGGCUCUGAAGAGGAAAAUAAUCAGAUGCUGAAAGAGUGCAGGAGCAGACGUCACGAGCUGCAUACAAAACUACAGAAAGAGCUGGAAAAGAAGAUGCAGAAACCUGGCAGAAACAGCUUCAGGAGCAGGAACACGACCAUCAGCGGCAGAGCCUGCUGGCGCGUCACCAGGAGGAGCGUGAACAGCUCCUUCGGCAGCACGAGGAGGCCUCUCGAGGUGUGAACGUGCCGGCCGAGAGACAGUCGCUCGUACUCAGAGCUCGACUUCAGCUGGAGCGACAGCAGCUGGAUCAGAGACGGCGAGGGGAGCUGGAAUCUCUGGAGCGGAAUCACGCACUACAGCUGGAGGCGCUGCGACUGAAGAUGCGGCGUGAAUGGGUCCAACUAGAAGAACAGCACCGACAAGAGUCCAGGGAGCUGGAUUGCCGAGCAAACGACUGAGAGAAGCAUCGACUGAAGACAAAGUGUCCGAGGCACCAUAAAGGAUGUCUCAGGCACCACGAAGGAUGUCCGAGGCACCACGAAGGAUGUCCGAGGCACCACGAAGGAUGUCUCAGGCACCACGAAGGAUGUCUCAGGCACCACGAAGGAUGUCUCAGGCAUCAGACGCUGGAAAAUAUUCUGGCGACGAGACCAGAGUGUGACGUCAUCACGGUUUCCGGUCUCCACCGCUCCCUGUUCACGCUCCAACAUCACCAUCAACCCCAGCAUGACCAUCAUCAUCACCAUCAGCAGCACCAUCACCAGCAC